UAGACAUAUAUUGAUUAUAGAUUUUUUAGUUUAGCACGAAAGAUAUAAGUAAACAUGAAGCCCUUGAAAGAAAAGCUGAAAAUGAGAAGAUCGUAAGUGUGGCAAUAUUAAACAAGGAUUUUUCACUGGACACCUUGAAUAUUGAAUCAACUAGUGAGGUGAAAAUAAUUCAAACUUUCGAUUCAUUGACAUCGUUUCAACAGUUGAUUCUUAAAGUGAGCUCGGCUCUGCUGCACAACUUUCCUAGAGCUAUGUUGCUGUUUGUUAUGAAUGUAAGCAGCAAAAGGGAAGCUGCAUUAGGUAUAAUGACUCUAUUUGAAAAAUUUGUAUUUUGUUGCGCUUACGGAAACUUUUGGCAAGAAACUGAUAUGCUGCAAAUAAAAGGCCGUAUGAUUGACCCAUACACGAUUACCGACGUUAGAUGCGGUUGCCAAGGACUUAUAAUUAGUGAAUGCUGCAGUGACCUUCCAAAAUAUGCGUCUUGCGGAUAUUUAAGAUUUAGGGACUUAUCUUUCAAAAAUAUAGUUUAUGAACUGCUAACAGAUAAACAGAAAAAGGAAUUUCAUACUCGAGCCAUAAAAUAUUUAGAAAAUGAGACUAAAAGGUGUAAAGCAUGUGGCUUGGGAUACUUUUCCGAUUUAUAUGGAGAAAGGGGACUAACAGUAAAUUGGAAUGGAGAUCUCUAAGAACAAAUUUAAAGGGUCGAAAACUGGCAGAUACCCAUGGGGACUACAUAGAUCUGGAUGUUGAAUUCAAGCAUGAUGACAGCAUUCAUGGUACAAACACUCUUACGAAAGAUUCGGGAAGGAAGGCUACGGCAAUUUUUAUAGCUGACAAUAGAUCUAACAAAACCAUGAGUCGUACAUCAUUGGAAUUAGGCAAUAAUCAAUUUUCAAUUUCAUUAUUGAUUAAACAUGUUUAAUAGUUGUUCAUCUAUAGAAUCAGUAAUGCGAAACUGCUUGUUUGGAUUCCAAACUAUACGAGCAUUAAAAAAGAAAGAAACUUUGGACAGAGACUUUAAUCAAGAGGAUUUUUUGCAAUGUAGUUGUCAAUUAACUUUAUAUUCGGUCUAUGGAGAACUGUUACAGCAUGCCGAAGGAACAGGACACUAUGACAAAAUGCUAAGCGCAACUUUAAAAUAUGCGCAACUAUGCACUGAAUGGAUCAAUAUUUCCGAAGCCAAAAGAGUAAUAGAAAUUACAAUACAACUCUUAGAUAAUCCAGUUUAUACUACCAAAUACGUGCAGUGGAAAUUAAACCAGAAGCGUGGAAAAAUGUUCACUUAUUUGGGAAACAUUGCCAUGAGGUCGGAUUUUCUUGAUGAAGCAUUUAAAAUGUACCUGACAGCUCUAUUUUAUUUCGGUUAUAAAUUUCCUCGAAAUAAAUUGUCCAUUAAAAUAAGCACCUUAAUAAACGAUCUCAAGCAUAAGAAAAGGUAUUUCAUUCAGUCCGGCAUCACCAGGAUUAUCGAAUGCAGAAACGCUAAAUUCCAUGAAGACUUGGCAGAAUGUCUUUUAUCUUUCUCAAAUUUGACCAUGAGAUUGGGCAAAAUCAAAAUGGGAUAUUUGGCGGCUACAUGGGCUUUAAACGAAGCGCUAGUGUCUAACGUAAACUACAUAGUUUUAUGUAAAACGUUUGCCCAGAUGAUUGAGUUGAACUCGCAGAUGGGGAGAAAACAUUUUGUUGUAGCCCUUGAGACGUAUUCAUUGAGAAUGGUACACAUGAAAAGGAUCAUCUCAUUGCCGGAUGAUGUUAAGGCUACAGCAGUACUUUACUCAGCAAUUUUUCUUGGAAGAAUGUUUAGAUCUGAAUUAGAUGUAUCUAGAGACAUAGGAAUAAUGGCGUGGAAAAUGGGACACGGCAAAAAUACUGCUACUCUGAUGGUAAAUGGACUGCCACUUCUUAUGAUAAAUACACUCUAUCGAAAGCUGCUCGACGAAACUCGCACCGUGUUACAAGAAAUGGAUAUUUUCGCUAGAGAAGAUAAAGAUAUAACAGGAACUUUGAACUAUUUUUCGCUUUGCAUAGUGUUACAACUCGAAACUGGAUAUGUGUUUGAAUCGUUUGCAAGUGUUCGAAGAUUUCUUAAGUCGCAAGCCUUUGAUACGGGUAAUCCAAGAGAAUUAGGGAGCAGAACACGAUUACUUAUUAUUGCUUGGCUUUGGUUUGUGAGAAACAAUCAGUGGGAGAUGGCAAACUUUUGGGAAUUCUCUAUUUCAAAAUUGAAAUUAAAUAGGAGAAACGAAAAUCUCAUUAACUUAAUUUGGAGUCUUUAUAUUUUGGAAGGUCAAAUAAUGAUUUUGGUGAGUGAAAUUGAAAAAAGGAAUAUUGUUGGUACUAUGAGAAUGUAUAAGAAAAUUGAUGCUUAUAUUGCAAAGAUCGAUUCGUGCCGGGAAAUUGCACCAAUUAUCAUUCCUAGGUUAACACAUCUUAAGGCAUAUUACAGAUUGGUGAAGACUAAUGAUUAUGUAGAGUGUUUAAACGAAUUGCAAAAGGCCAAGAAGUACGCUUUAAAAUUUAAUAAUAUAUUGGAACACACUUGGAUAGAACACUCAGAAAAGGUUUGGAAAAAUGAAUUGGCCAAGGAAGAAAUGGAUUAUUGGAAAAACCAUUCAGAAUUUGAUACUAUAGAUAUUUCACAUUUAGACGUGGAUGAUACGAAACCAUUCUCUUUACCUCUUCCUGAUUUGGUUUAA